AUGAAGCUCUCCUUUUCCCUCCCCAAGACCGCAAAGCCAGUCGGUGCGGCACCACCUCUGAAGAAACCGGCAGCGUUCGCAUCACUUGGUGAUGAUGACCCUGUGGAUGCUGCUCCCACCCUAUCCGAUAAUAAGGGCGCAGCAGCGAACAAAAAGCUAUUAGCUCAGAAUGUCGAAUCUUCGAAGGCUGCGAGGAAACGCAUGGAGCAAGAGAUGAAGGUUGAUGCCACGGUGUAUCAGUAUGAUGAAGUUUGGGAUAGGAUGCAAGAGGUUAAACUCAAGCAGAAAGAGGCGAAAGAGGUCGAUUCCAAACAACGAAAGCCCAAGUACAUCGAAGGCCUUCUAACGACGGCUGCCACACGACGUCUGGAUCAUUUGCGUGCAGAGGAGAAGAUGAUGCAACGAGAACGGGAAGCCGAGGGAGACGAAUUCGCAGACAAGGAGGCCUUCGUCACUCAGGCAUACAAGGAUCAAAUGGCUGAAGUCCGGAGAGCGGAGGAAGAAGAACGACAAAGAGAAGAGGCUGAGAAAAAGAAACAGAAGGGAGCACCGACUGGCAUGGCUCAUUUCUACCGUAAACUCCUGGAAGAGUCAGAGCAACAACACGAAGAGGCAGUGGCGGCAACAGAGACUAAACGCGUCAUUGGUCCACGAGGACCUGUUCCGAAUCUAACUAUCACCAAGCCUCCGGAACUGACACCAAAAUCAGAUCUUGAGCUUGCGCAAUUAGCUAAAGAACAAGGCAAAGAUGUUGAACUCAACGACGACAACCAAAUUGUCGACAAGCGAGAAUUGCUCUCUGCUGGCUUAAACUUGUCUGCUCCCAACACCCGACGACUUGGGCUCCAGAUCACGAAACAAACUUCCAGCUCGAGUGAAGUCCAAGCUCACCAGGCAGUAGGAACAGCAGCCAGCCGGAGAGAAAUAAAUGAACGCCGCGCACGGGAAAUCAAGCAACAACUAGAAGAGGAGCGUGAACGAGUGUCAAAGCAGAAAGAGGCUCAUGAGGAAGAGGCAAGACAGCGAACAAUAUUAAAGCGGAAUACACAAGAAGACGUGCAGAACAUCCGUGCACGUUACCUAGCAAGAAAAAGGCGGAAAUUGGAAGAGGAAGCGGUGGUAGCUAGUGGAAGUGAUGAUCCGAUAUCAUAA